GCGCGGGCCCCUGCAACCCCACCCUAGCCCAGUCAGCCCUCCAGGCAGCCCUUCUCUGCACCCCCAGUCCUCUGGCCCCUAUCUGUGCCCCCAACUCGUCCCCCAUCCUUUCUCUGGCCCCCAACCUUCCCUCCAGCCCUUCUCUGUGCCCCAACCCGCCCUCCAUCUUCUCUGUGGCCCCCAGCCCUUCCCCCAGUCCUUCUCUGGCCCCCAGCCCACACUCUGUCCUCUUUCUGGCCCCCAACACACCCUCCUGUUCCUUCCUUUGUAAUCCCUACAACUUUGUGCCCCUAUCCUGCAGCUCCUCUUUGUUCCCCAUCCCUCAGCACUUCUGUGCCCCUUGCCCCAGCCCCUCUAAUGGGCCCUCAGUCCCCUCAAUCUGCCCCAGUCCUCUUAAUGUGUGCCUCCUGUGCCAUCCCCCAUCCCUUCUUGUGCCUCUACCUACUAUCCAUGCCUUCUCUGUGCCCCACCUCAUCCUCUCAUUUUUGUGACCCCUUCAACUCAUGCUCCAGCUCCUCUCUAUGCCUCUUCCCUGAUCCCCUCUCUGUGCCACCCUCAUUGCCCAGACUCUGUCUAUGCCCUCAGACCUGUGCCCCUGCUGCAUCUUCUAGCCCCUCUGUGGGUUCCUGACUUGUUUCCUAGCCUCCCACCCCUGAGCUCUGUCCCCCAGGCCCUCUGUGCCCCAUAGUCUACCCUCCCGCUCUCCUCUGUCCCCACUCCCCCUCCCUCCGCUCUGUGGAUCCCCGAACUCCACUCGGUAUCCCAGCUCCUUCCUGGGUGCCUUUGCCCUCUCCCAUGGUCCUCCCAGCCUUUCAGCCCCUCUCUCUUGCACCCUGGCCCAAUCCUCCUUUCCCUCUGUCCACCCCAGGCCCAUUCUGUACAAUCCCCUUCUAGCUUUCCCUCUCACUGUCCCCCUAGCUCUUCCAGCCCCCCAAUUUCCAGCUCUCCCUCCUGCCCAUCAUUCGCCCUUCUCAGUCUUUCCUUGUCCGUCCUCCCACCAAUACCGAUCUCUUAUCACCUGUCCCUAAGCCCUUACCAAUCUCCUUAUCUCCGAGCCUAAAGCUUGCCUUCCUCCCUUUCUCUCCUCCUCAACCCCCCCAUCUUUAGCCCAUCUCUAGCCAACAACCCGCUUCUAUUUUGUAUCUAGCUAUACCUGUUUGCUUUUCUGCCCUUCUGUCAGCACCCCCUUCCUGCGUACCUCCCCUGUCACCCCCAUGUCGUGCCCCCACCCACUAUCCAUCUCUACUUUGUCCUCUCAGUUUUGUGACCCCUGAACUCAUCCUCAGUCCGAGCCUUUGUCUCCCCCCUCCCUCUCUACACCACUCCCCUUGGCCAGCCCUGUGUCUCACCUGACCCUUCCCCACUUCUGUCUCACCUCCUCCUUUGGGCCCUCCCUUGUGGGCCCCAUCUGUCUCGUGCUAAUUCCCUUCCUAUUCACUUUGGCCCAUUCGAUGUCUCUGGGUCCUGUUCCGCCUCCUCCUUGCCACUCAUCACCCUGUCUGUCCUGGGGUUCUGUGCUCAGGCCUUCUUGACCUCUCUCCUUCAGGGAUGACGUGGUUGUGGUCACUGCUGCUGCUGGGGCUAGGCCUGGGCAAAGGGAUAUGGGGCAAGCCCCCGCCAGAUGCUGGGGUCCCUCUCUCAAGCCGGGUGCACCAGCAGGCCCCACUGAGUGAAGCCAAACACGACGAUGCCCACGGAGACUUCCAGUUUGACCAUGAGGCCUUCCUGGGCCGGGAGGCAGCUCGGGAGUUUGACCAGCUCAGCCCAGAAGAGAGCAAAGCCCGGCUGGGGCGGAUUGUAGACCGAAUGGACCGAGAUGGGGAUGCUGAUGGCUGGGUGUCGCUAGAUGAACUCCGGGCCUGGAUUGCUCACACUCAGCAGCGCCACAUCCGAGACUCGGUUACAGCUGCGUGGGACACCUAUGAUACUGACCGGGAUGGCCGUGUGGGCUGGGGGGAGUUGCGCAACAUCACCUAUGGUCACUACCAGCCUGGAGAGGAGUUCUCUGAUGUGGAGGAUGCGGAGACCUAUAAGAAGCUCCUGGCUCGAGAUGAGAGGCGAUUCCGGGCAGCUGACCAAGACGGGGAUUUGCAGGCCACCAGGGAGGAGUUCACAGCCUUCCUGCACCCGGAGGAGUUCCCCCACAUGCGAGACACUGUCAUUGCUGAGACCCUGGAGGAUUUGGACAAGAAUGGAGAUGGUUAUGUGCAAGUGGAGGAGUAUAUAGCGGACUUGUACUCCCCAGAGGCAGAGGGAGGUGAGGAACCCGCUUGGGUGCAGACGGAGCGGCAGCAAUUCCGAGAUUUCCGGGACUUGAACGGGGAUGGGCACCUGGAUGGUCGUGAGAUUGGGCACUGGGUGCUGCCCCCAGCCCAGGACCAGCCGCUGGUGGAGGCCAAUCACCUGCUGCAGGAGAGUGAUACUGACAAGGAUGGGCGGCUGAGCAAACAAGAGAUCCUGGGAAACUGGAACAUGUUUGUGGGAAGCCAGGCCACCAACUACGGUGAGGACCUGACCAGGCAUCACGAUGAGCUCUGAGCACCCUGCUCUGCCCCACAAUAUAGCUGCCACAGCCCCGGGUCCGAGCCUGCCUGCCCAGGGGCUUCCCUGGCCCCCAGGCUCCAGCCCAGGGUGCCCAGAUCCAAUGGACUCCAACCAGAGCUCCCUUCUGAAAUGUUAUUUUCAGUUCCACACUCUUGCCCUCCCUCUCCCACUCACUGAGACGGCAGAAAUACCCAUUAUACACAUAUAGUCAACAAAACCUCAUUUAUUAAACAGUGACUGUGUGCCAAGCACUAGGCUAGGCACUAAACAUGCAAAGGGAUAUGGGCCAGGUCCAGGGUGAGCCACAACUCUGCUUGAACCUGUCCCGUUCCUAGCCACCCAAGCUAAGGAGCCCCAGGAUUCCUGGUAGAGAACUUGGGGGCCCAUCUUCAUAGCCCUAGGGCCUGGGAGUCCUAACUGGAGGCUCUGAGCAUCUUCUGUGGAUCCCCUGGAUACAUUUCCUCUCUGGACCCUUUCUGGGCAUAUGUGGGGGCCCAAAUUCCCCAAGCUUUUCCUGGUCACAAGCAGGCCUGGCCUGCAGCAUUCGGAUCACCACUGGGGCCCCCAAACACAAGAGUGUAGACAAUCUGAGCCCCAACCUAGCAGGAAGGACUGAUUUUCCUUAGCCCUUCCCUCCAGGCCUCAAAACCCACAUUCUGACCACAGAGGAUGGGUGGGAGGGGGAGGGGUUUACAAUAAAAGCUGAGGCCUCAA